CCACCGAAAACAAUACCUCACCCAGGUGGACUCCGUCCUGCGCGAGGUAAUUAGUGACUGUAAAAAACAUACAGCGUAAAGCCUUUAAAAAUUGAAGCAACCACAUGUGUAGCGCCCCUGCUGGCGAACUGCAGUAUAACAUGUAGCCCCACCCAUUCCCAGGUGUUUCAAUGACAAAAUAGUUUAUUUUCCAUGUCACUUUUCUCAUCUAAACUCUUUCCAUCUACAGUGUCAAAUUCAAGCAGGCAGUUUUCUCUAUGUUGAUAUGUGCACAUCUUUUAGUUUUCUUGCUGAAAUUAGUUUCAUCUCAUCUCAUUAUCUCUAGCCGCUUUAUCCUGUUCUACAGGGUCGCAGGCAAGCUGGAGCCUAUCCCAGCUGACUACGGGCGAAAGGCGGGGUACACCCUGGACAAGUCGCCAGGUCAUCACAGGGCCGACACAUACGGUAGACACAGACAACCAUUCACACUCACAUUCACACCUACGGUCAAUUUAGAGUCACCAGUUAACCUAACCUGCAUGUCUUUGGACUGUGGGGGAAACCGGAGCACCCGGAGGAAACCCACGCGGACAUGGGGAGAACAUGCAAACUCCACACAGAAAGGCCCUCGCCGGCCACGGGGCUCGAACCCGGACCUUCUUGCUGUGAGGUGACAGCGCUAACCACUACACCACUGUGCAGCCCCUGAAAUUAGUUUUGAAAACGUUAUUCUACUACAUCGUAAGAAGUUAUGGAUAGACUUGGGAAUUAAGUGAUUGACUGCCAGAGAAGAGAGAAGUAGAAGGUCAUUCCAAAUGAGUAGGUGUACCUGACUUUGACUAUUGUCUCUACUGCGCAAUCUCUGGCUCCAGAUUUGACAGACCUGAAGGCAUAGAGCCACCCCGUCCAUGGUUGUUGGUUUUUUUUUACAGUAAUGUGUUUAAUUUUAUAUUACGGAUCUCUUAUUAGAUACAGCAAGUAAGGUUGUAUGGUGUGGUCUGAAAGAAGGGGAUGAGAUUCACACUCCUAGUGCACAGAUUGACGCAAAUAUGCGUGAAAGCUCACAAUCUGGCAACAUCACAGAAAUCUGGCAGCUGUCCCUUUAAAGGCGAAGCCCUUUCACACUGGGGCAGGGGGACCCUUUGUCUGUACGGCAGCACACACUUAUCAGGAAUCAUACACGGAUGUGUGAUGUGAAAUAAAAGGAAGUGUUUAAAAGGCGUUGGAGCCGAGCUGAUGACACCCAGACGGAGGGGUUUGGUUCACUGCCGAGAGUCACUGAAGCCUGAGAGAGAGAGAGAGAGAGAGAGAGAGAGAGGGAGGGAGGAGACACCAUCCUGCUCCAUCCAUCCAUCCAUCCUUCAUCACCGCCCGUAUUCGUGUUGGUCGCGCCAGCUGGGACCCGCCUGCUCGUCCACCGGCUACCGCAGGGCAGAAGACGAGAUGUCCGCCAGCACGUCGCACGCUGAGCCCGCAGACUUUUCGGCGAGGACGGUGUACCUCAACCGGGCACAGAGCACCAAGUUCUGCGACAACCACGUCAGCACGACAAAGUACGGCAUCUUCACCUUCCUGCCUCGCUUCCUGUAUGAACAGAUCCGGCGAGCUGCCAAUGCUUUCUUCCUCUUUAUCGCUCUAAUGCAGCAAAUCCCUGAUGUCUCCCCAACAGGACGCUACACCACACUGGUGCCUCUCAUCUUCAUUCUGACUGUAGCUGGGAUUAAAGAAAUUAUUGAGGACUAUAAACGGCACAAAGCAGACAACACCGUGAACAAAAAGAAGACAACAGUGUUACGCAAUGGCACAUGGCAGACUAUCAUCUGGAAACAGGUGGCAGUGGGAGACAUAGUGAAGGUGACCAAUGGGCAGCAUCUCCCCGCUGACAUGGUCAUAGUGUCCUCCAGUGAGCCUCAGGCCAUGUGCUACACCGAGACCUCAAACUUGGACGGAGAAACCAACCUGAAAAUCCGACAAGGUCUCUCUCUGACAGCCAGUCUGCAGUCUGUAGAGGAGCUGAUUGGUCUGGCUGGUCGUCUAGAGUGUGAGGGACCUAAUAGACACCUCUAUGACUUCACUGGCACAUUGCGACUCGAUAACCAAAAUCCUGUUCCUCUCGGACCAGACCAGGUUUUACUCCGAGGAGCACAGAUUAGAAACACGCAGUGGGUUGUAGGAAUCGUUGUCUACACUGGCCACGAUUCUAAACUAAUGCAGAACUCCACUAAAGCGCCUCUGAAGCGCUCCAACGUGGAGCGAGUGACAAAUGUCCAGAUCCUAGUGCUAUUUGGGAUCCUCCUCGUGAUGGCACUGGUGAGCUCUGUUGGUGCAGCCAUCUGGAACAAGCAGUACAAGGAUGUGGAGUGUUGGUACCUCUCCCGUACAGGUGACAUCUCUCUGAACUUCUGGUACAAUCUGCUGACCUUCAUCAUUCUGUACAAUAACCUGAUUCCCAUCAGUCUGCUCGUCACACUGGAGGUUGUCAAGUUCACGCAGGCCCUUUUUAUUAACUGGGACAGGGAGAUGUACUACGCUGAGACGGACACACCCGCCAUGGCACGCACAUCCAAUCUGAAUGAAGAGCUCGGCCAGGUGAAGUAUCUGUUUUCCGAUAAGACUGGCACUUUGACUUGUAACGUCAUGCAUUUUAAGAAAUGCACCAUCGCUGGGAUCACAUACGGGCACUUCCCAGAUCUCGACUCCGAUCGAUCCAUGGAGGAUUUCAGCCACCUUCCCUCCAGCAACCACAGCUCCACAGAGUUUGAUGAUCCUGCUCUCAUUCAGAACAUCGAGAAGAAUCACCCCACCUCUCCUCAGAUCUGUGAGUUUUUGACCAUGAUGGCUGUGUGUCACACUGUGGUUCCUGAACGAGAUGGAAACCAGAUCAUAUAUCAGGCCUCCUCACCAGAUGAGGGAGCGUUGGUUAAAGGUGCAAAAGGCCUGGGCUUUGUGUUUACAGCAAGAACUCCACAUUCAGUCAUCAUCGAAGCGCGUGGAAAAGAAUUGACUUAUGAGCUGCUUAAUGUGCUUGAAUUUUCCAGCAACCGAAAGCGCAUGUCAGUGGUGGUGCGAACUCCAGCAGGAAAACUGCGCCUGUUCUGCAAGGGAGCAGAUAACGUGAUCUUCGAGCGACUGAAUGAAGCCUCCCAGUAUAAAGACCUGACCAUAGCUCACCUCGAACAGUUUGCCACUGAAGGUUUACGGACUCUGUGCUUUGCAUACGUGGAUCUGGAGGAGGGCGCGUAUCAGGAGUGGCUGAAGGAGUAUAAUCGUGUGAGCACAGUCUUGAAAGACCGAGCACAGAAACUGGAGGAAUGCUACGAGCUGCUGGAGAAGGACUUGUUGUUGCUCGGAGCCACGGCUAUAGAGGACCGUCUGCAGGCGGGGGUCCCUGAGACCAUCUCCACUCUCAUGAGGGCCGACAUCAAGAUCUGGGUGCUGACCGGAGACAAACAGGAGACUGCCAUCAAUAUCGGUUAUUCCUGCAGACUGGUGUCACACGGCAUGUCCCUCAUCAUCGUCAAUGAAGACUCUCUGGAUGCGACACGGGCCACGCUGAUCGCUCACUGUUCUUCUCUGGGUGACUCUCUGAGGAAGGAGAACGAUUUAGCGCUCAUCAUCGAUGGCCAGACUCUCAAGUAUGCGCUGUCGUUUGAAGUGCGUCAGGCAUUUCUUGACUUGGCUCUGUCCUGCAAGGCUGUCAUCUGCUGCAGGGUGUCUCCUCUGCAGAAAUCAGAGAUAGUGGACAUGGUGAAAAAGCAUGUGAAGGCGAUUACGCUGGCCAUCGGAGAUGGAGCCAAUGAUGUGGGUAUGAUCCAGACGGCACAUGUUGGAGUCGGCAUCAGCGGGAACGAGGGCAUGCAGGCCACCAACUCGUCAGAUUACUCCAUAGCACAGUUCUCAUACCUUGAGAAGCUCCUGCUGGUCCAUGGAGCCUGGAGCUACAACCGAGUCACUAAAUGCAUCCUGUACUGUUUUUACAAGAACGUGGUGUUGUACAUCAUAGAGCUUUGGUUUGCAUUUGUAAAUGGCUUCUCGGGGCAGAUUCUGUUUGAGCGCUGGUGCAUCGGACUCUACAACGUGAUUUUCACAGCUCUCCCUCCCUUCACACUGGGGAUUUUCGAUCGUCCUUGUAGCCAGCAGAACAUGCUCCGCUUCCCACAGCUGUACCGUAUCACACAAAAUGCAGACGGCUUUAACACCAAGGUGUUUUGGGGUCACUGUAUAAAUGCUCUUAUCCAUUCUAUCAUUCUCUUCUGGUUUCCGCUGAAAGUACUGGAACAUGACACUCCUUUCGACAACGGCAACAGCGUUGACUACCUGUUUGUGGGAAACAUUGUGUACACGUAUGUGGUGGUCACAGUAUGUCUGAAAGCCGGGAUGGAGACCACAGCAUGGACAAGGUUCUCUCAUUUGGCUGUUUGGGGCAGCAUGGUGCUCUGGAUGCUCUUCUUUGCUGUUUAUUCCUUUAUCUGGCCACAUAUUCCCAUUGCCCCAGACAUGCUGGGCCAGGCCGGCAAGGUCAUGCAGUGCUGGAGCUUCUGGCUGGGGUUGAUAUUGGUGCCGGCUGCGUGCCUGGUCAAAGAUGUGGCAUGGAACGCAGGGAGGCGUACAGUAAAGAAGACUCUCUUAGAGGAGGUGCAGGAGUUGGAGGCGCGGGCUGUCGAUCCUGGCGCAGCCGUCCUCAGAGAUGCCAGCGGCCGCAGUCUGAAUGAGCGUGCCCACCUGUUGACUCGGGUGUUCAGGAAGACGCCGUCCAGCGUGGGGCGCUCCAGCUCCGUGCAGCAGACCGUCUCACAUGGUUACGCAUUCUCCCAGGAAGAGCACGGGGUUGUGUCCCAAUCCCAGGUAGUGCGUUCUUACGACACGACCCGCCAGCGGCCCAGCGUGUAGCUACACCAGGAGCAAGACUGCCAAGGCGGCAGCUAACACUUUUUUUUAAGGGACGUUUCCAUCCCACGCGAGCCUGCUGUGGCCUUACUAAAGUAACUGGACUGAGGUGGACUUGGCCUGCGCCGCGAAGGGCCUCGCUACACACUUACAAAGCCUUUUCAGACAAGACUCAACUGUGGGAAUGUGGGUGGGGACAGUGGUGGGGGGAUGGGAUGGGAUGGGAUGGGAAGGGAGUCAUCUCGCAAAGAAAACGGCCAAUCAGAAUGUGCCAUGCUGUGAAGGACGGGAACGAGGAGCCAAUCAGCAUCCAGAUUCGAUGCAUGGAAACCAGAGACACUGUUUCUGUCUGUAUCUAUCACACUGCGGUACACAGCCCUGUGGACAUUGUGAUGCAUGUGCGUAUACAAACGUGUGUAUGUCCUCUUGUUUCUCUGUGUGUGUGUGUGUGUGUGUGUGUGUGUGUGUGUGUGUGUGUGUGUGUGUGUGUGUGAGUGACUUUUGUCUCUUUGAGUUUGGACUUCGGCUUGUCUGUCAUCAUCAGUGCAAUGCAGGAGGAGCUCUUGAAAAUAAACAUCAAACAUGCA